AUGUACGAACAAGAGAGCAGUGGCGUUUGCGACUCGUCUGAGUGCUCCGGUUCAGCUGUCGCUACUGGUACUAGCCGCACUGGCGACGUUUCUCCAGAUAAUUGGGGCUACAACACCUGCACCGAUACAGUCCCGCUCCUCAUGCACAUGCUGCUACUUGACUACGGCAUUGGAGAGAUGCCGUUUGAGGCACCUCCAUUUCGCCGAGUGCUUCCGAGCUGGCCACCUCCCCGACGACGCGCACUGGAUAUACCUGGCGACUCGCUUGUCGACCUCAAGAGCACGCGCAAGGGAAAGACGGGAUACACGGGCGUGCUCGAGAAGAUGAGCUCCGAGGUUCCGACGUGUGGCACGGAGCGGCUAGAGCGGAAGCUCCGCGUCGACGUGGAAAGGCUGAUCCCACUGUGCUUCCCCGGCUCCUCUCGCAGCCGCCGCGAGACGAGGCUAAAGAUAGUCAUGUUUGCAUAUGCCGUCGCCGCACGCCACGGCAUAUCUCUUGGGACUUUGGAAACCGGCAGCCGCCAGAUACCGAGAGGUCUUCCUGCGGCUCCGAACAAAGACGGACUUGCCACGGAAAAGGCAAAGGCGGUGAAGCAGGACAACGCGCCAGCUUCGACAGCAGCUAACUCUCUCCCGUCGUACGAGGCGGCAACGAGUCUCGGGACGGGAGUAAUCAAGGGGGAUAAUGUGCAGCCUUUUUGCAUCGAACCGCGGGGUGCAUGUUGUGUUUCCAUGCAAACUGGAACCCGUCCGGUCACCUGCUCUCUAUUGGUAUAA